AUGGUAAGCAAACACCCACAAUUAAGACUUAACUUUGCUUGUUAUAUCUUCCAAUCUGAAAGGCUUCUCUCCUAUGUAAUUAAGUACAAUACAAUUAGUGGUAAAAAGUGGCGCAAUACUUCUAAAAUAUUUUUGGUCUUUUCUUUAAAAUGCCUUAAAAGAAAUUUAAGAGCAAGAAAAGAUGUAGGAAAAAAAAUCAAAUUAUCUAUAAUUGUUGGUAAUCAGGAUUCACAAUUGAGUGAUUCAAAGCUGACGGCUUCUUCGCAUGAUUACAACGUUGAUGGAUAA